AUGCCUUCCGCUACCGGCCAGAACUGGGAGAAGUACCAGAAGACCUACGCAGACGACGAGAUCGAGGAGAAGAAGAUCACGCCACUGACCGAUGAAGAUAUCCAAGUGCUGAAGACCUAUGGCGCUGCGCCCUACGGUGCCGCCAUCAAGAAGCUCGAGCAACAGAUCAAGGAGAAGCAAACAAGUGUAGAUGAGAAGAUCGGUGUCAAGGAAUCCGACACGGGUCUUGCCCCUCCUCAUCUCUGGGACGUUGCCGCCGAUCGUCAACGAAUGUCAGAAGAACAACCGCUCCAGGUCGCCCGGUGUACGAAGAUCAUUCCCGACGAGAAGGACGACUCCAAGAGCAAAUAUGUCAUUAACGUCAAGCAAAUUGCGAAGUUCGUCGUCCAGCUCGGCGAGAGAGUGUCUCCGACGGAUAUCGAGGAGGGAAUGCGAGUCGGUGUUGACAGAAACAAGUACCAGAUUCUUCUUCCUCUUCCUCCCAAGAUCGACGCCAGCGUUACGAUGAUGACGGUCGAGGAGAAGCCCGAUGUGACAUACGGAGACGUUGGUGGAUCAAAGGAGCAGGUUGAGAAGCUGCGUGAGGUCGUCGAGAUGCCCCUCCUGUCGCCGGAACGCUUCGUCAACCUCGGUAUCGAUCCCCCGAAGGGUGCCCUGCUGUACGGACCUCCCGGAACGGGAAAGACCCUCUGCGCGCGUGCCGUCGCGAACAGAACGGAUGCUACGUUCAUCCGUGUCAUUGGUUCUGAGUUGGUCCAGAAGUACGUCGGUGAGGGUGCGAGAAUGGUCCGUGAGCUGUUCGAGAUGGCGCGGACGAAGAAGGCCUGCAUCAUUUUCUUCGACGAAAUCGAUGCCAUUGGUGGUGCUCGUUUCGAUGAUGGUGCUGGUGGAGACAACGAGGUCCAGAGAACUAUGCUGGAGCUGAUUACGCAGCUUGAUGGUUUCGACGCUCGUGGUAACAUCAAGGUCAUGUUCGCUACGAACAGACCCUCUACCCUCGACCCUGCGCUUAUGAGACCCGGUCGUAUUGAUCGUAAGAUCGAGUUCUCCCUCCCAGACCUCGAGGGUCGCGCCAACAUCUUGCGCAUUCACGCGAAGAGCAUGUCAGUCGAGCGCGAUAUCAGAUGGGAGCUUAUUUCCCGUCUUUGCCCCAAUGCAACGGGUGCCGAGCUUCGUAGUGUGUGCACAGAAGCUGGUAUGUUCGCCAUUCGUGCCCGCAGAAAGGUGGCUACGGAGAAGGACUUCCUCAGCGCCGUCGACAAGGUCAUCAAGGCCAACCUCAAGUUCAACUCUACGGCCAGCUACAUGCAAUACAACUAA